AUGCGGAUUGCUCAAGCGAGUACCGAUGCUAGUGGAGAAGUAUCUCUAGCCUUUGUGAGACCAUCCUCCGAGCUCUCGGUUGUUGGUCAGGAUGAACAGGUUGCUUUCCAGUUCUUCAAGCUGCAUAUGCAAGACUCCCUGCAUGGCCUGUGUGGACGCACAAUUUGGGCAGGUGACAUCUUGCCUAUCUCCAUCCGCGAGCCAUCGAUCAGAUAUGCGGUGGUUGCGCUUGGAGCUCUCGGCAAGGAGAAGAGACUCGCUAGCUCUUCGGCCUGCCUUUCUAAGCAGACCAAGCUCGCACGACAGAGCUACAGCAAAGCCAUGAAAGCACUUCAGACGAAGAUUGAGCUCAAGGAGCAGAUGACACCGGAUAUGGUUCUCCUCUCAUGUCUACUGUUCGUGACGUUCGAACUCUACGUCGAGGACUUCCCGGCAGCCAAAUGUCACCUCGACAGCGGCUUGAGCAUCAUCCGGGAGAUUCGAGACGGCUCUUCUACCCCUACGACGCCGACGUCCAAGCAGACCAUGAGUUCGCUGGUCGAGAGCUUCGAACGGCUCGACAUUCAGAUGUCCUUCCUCCGUGCCGAGCGUGUGCAGCUCAACCGGAGCCAGGAAUUGGCACAAUCUACACUUUUACCUUGCGCUACGAGAUUCGAUAGCAUACACGACGCACGUUGCUCGUUGAACAUAAACAUGGCUGCCAUGCGCGAGCUGAUCUGGCUUGUGGAACAGACGACCUGCGACUCAUACGGAGGUAUGUCGAGCGAUGAUAUGGUAUCGCUGUCCCGAGAGCAGACCAGACAGAUCGUUUCACUGCGAAGGUGGGAGGAGGCUGUGGAUGACUUACUGUCUCGGACGACUGCACCUCUUCUCGUCCUUGCUGGGCAUCAGUUGCGUAUGCAACAACUAAGCUGUGCUUUGAUGGUCUCCAUGGCAUUAUCUUGUGGCCGCGAAACGCUAUGGGACGAUCAUCUCGAGGAAUUCGACAAGAUAGCAGAAUUGGGUGCCAAGAUACUUCAGACCCGUAGCACGAACGUGCAAGCUGCUGAAGGGGACAGCACGUUUACACUGGACAUGGGUAUCAUCCCACCUCUGUACAUGACAGUUAUGAAGUGCAGAGAUCCACAGAUCCGGCACACCGCGUUGAAGUAUCUCAAGCAGUGUACGCACCAGGAAGGGCCUUUCAAUGGACCACAAAUCUGCGCCGCGGCUUCUGCGGUCGUAAUGAUUGAGGAGAAAGGUCGGGUGUUUGAGAACGCAGGAGAUCUGCCUGAGCAAGAUCGGUUGUAUCAGGCUUACUUCGUCCUACAAGAACGACCGUGGUGGUUGAAAUGGCGGGUUGUGCUUGGGUAG